CUUUUGAAUUCUAAAUUGAAAACUGGUUUGCACUACUUUAUUGUCUGUUAACUUUUUGAAUGCUUUUUAGUUCUAUUUUUGGAACGGUGAUUUGGUUACUAAAAGUUUUGUAUAAAAGGAGCUGUUAAACUGCUCUUUCUUUUGCAUCCUCAUCUUUUUUCUUUUUCAAUGAAAUUUUCUCUUUUUGCGGUUUCUGCCGGUUUACUUUCUUUAGCUCAAGCCGCUACUGUUGAAUUCAAGAUUGUUGCACCCGGCGCAAAGUCCGUUCAAGUUAGCGUCAAUGGUCAACUCACUCAAUUAAAUGCACCCUAUGCCAAUGUUCCCUUCUAUAAUGGUACUGCUGAAAUUGGUGCCUCUACUUCAUACAACUAUGUCGUUGAUGGCAAUGCUGAAACGUUCACUCGUGCUCUCUCCUCAAACAUCACAGCCACCUUCAAUGACUUCUUUGAUCGUCCUAUCACUGUAGCCAAUAUCCCUGCAUUUCCUCGCCCCUUAGACAACGGCAAGCAAUGGAACAGAGCUGAUCAAAACCCUGAUCUUUUUGACUCUAACUACAUGCCCACCAUCUUUGCUCAUGGUGACCAAUCCAGUUUGGAUAACCUUGUUGAAAACGUUCCUAAAGAAAAGGUUACUGUUGAUUUGACUUUUGUUGGUAGAGACUAUGUUCAACAAUUUACUAAUGUCUCAUUGGGCAUUUCUGGUGCUGGUAAAAAGCACAAUCCUGCCAAGCAAUCUUGGAGAAUGUAUCUUUCCGAAGGUGAUUAUAUCAACAACCGUAAUAUCUUCAAGAUUCGUCAUAUGGAAGAAGAUCCUACUCAAAUGCGUGAGAAGCUUUAUGCUGAUGUCCUUCGUGCCAUGGGUACCUAUGCUAAUCAAGCCAAUAUGGUCCGUUUCUUUAUUAAUGGUGAAGGUUUUGGUACUUUCAACAUGCUUGAAGAUGUCGAUAGAUACUCUUACAUUCGUGCCAACUUUUAUGCUGGUAACCCUCCCGCACAGAUGGGUCCUGUCUACGAUGGUGGUACUGGUGCUAGCUUCAAAUACUCUGAAAACAUGGAUGACUAUGCUGCUUUUGAAGCAACAAAGGGUUCUCCUGAAACCUAUGAAGCCAUUGCUCCUCUGGCCAAGGCUUUCCAUGACACUGAUGUCAAGGACAACAAUGCUAUUCAAGAAUUCGAAAAGAUGUUUGAUAUUGAUCAAUUCUUGCGCUUCAUGGUUAUGGAAUACCUUACUGGUAGUUGGGAUGCUUACUGGAUGAUGCAAUCUAACGAUGGCGCCUACAAGGACUAUGCUAACAACAACACUUGGUAUUACUUGGGUCAGGAUUACGAUGCCACCUUUGGUGUUAACCUUGCUGAGGAUGUCAUGAACCUCUCAUACAAAGACUACCCUGCAAAAUACCCUGAUGCUGUCUUGAUCAACGGCUUCCUCCAAAACGAUGAUCUUCGUACAAGAUUUGAAACUUACCUUGUUGACACAGUCAAGAGUUUGUUCAAUAACAAUACUCUUGGCAACCACAUCAUGGCUUACCGUGAAUACAUUGCUCCUGACCUCAAAUGGGAUCGUUCUAUUAAACAAAGAUCACCCGGUAUGGUCUUUGGCUGGAGCUAUGAACAGACCUACGAUGGUCUCUUUACUGAAGUUGUUGCACCUGGCGCAGAGAGUGGUGCUGCCUAUGGUCUUACUCAAUGGAUUGCCAUGAAAGCUGCUGUUGUUGCUAAAGAAUUCAACUUCUCCUUGUAAAAAAACUGAAUAAUCAUAUCCCUUUAUAUCAUAAGAAACAACAGAUUAAUACCUCUUGUAAAAAUAAACGUAAUUCUGUAAUAAACUAUUUACUAUCAAAAAG